UCCAAGUCCACCCUCUCCAUUUGGAAUCCAAAUCCCCUCAUCUCCUCUCUCUCUCUCUGUUUUCCUCUCCCUAUAAAUAAACUCCCAAAUCAAAUCCAAACACAAACAAACCCAUUCCAAUCAACAAAUAUAUCCAAACAAACCCAAGAAAAACAAUAUCCAAAUUAUUCAAAAAAAAAACUAACCGUUGGAUUACGAAAAUGUCAGGCGUUUGGGUGUUCCGAUCCAACGGCGUUAUGCGUCUCGUCGAAAACUCUCAAGCCGGCGACGAUUACUCCUCCGACGGUCACCACCAGCAUCACCACCACCACCACCACCACCACGGCGGCGGUGGUGGCGGCGGAAGAAAGAAGGUUCUGGUUCAUCUUCCAUCGGGACAACCGGUUUGUUCCUACGGGUUUCUUCAGAAGAUUCUAGAAGGUUUGGGAUGGGAACGAUAUUACGAAGGAGACCCCGAUUUCUUCCAAUUUCAUAAACGAUCAUCCAUUGAUCUCAUUUCUCUCCCAAUGGAUUUCUCCAAAUUUAAUUCCAUUUAUAUGUACGAUCUCGUCGUCAAAAACCCUAACGUCUUUCACGUUAGAGAACCCUAAGUUUUUAAUUAAUUAAUUUUUUCUUUUCA